GGAAAAAAAAACACGUACUAGUAAAAGCUUUUCUCCUUUUUUUCUCUCUCUUAAUUCAAUCUUCCGAUCUUAGGAAGAAAAUAGCAAAUCCUCUGAAUAUAUUUCUGUUCGAUUCAAAUUUGAUUUGAGAAAAUCUUCAUUCAGAUUCAUUGUGCUUGUGGAUGUUGUUCAUAUUUUUGUUUGUUUGGGGGUUUGGGGGAUUUUGAUUUGAUAUACAAAUGCAUUGGUCUCGGAAGGGACCAGUUUCUAUAUCAUUUGAUUGUAUUGUUGUUGGAUCUGAUGAUGAGAAGAAGAAUAUAUUUGGAUUGUUCAAGAAUUUCUGAAGAGAAUAGUAAUAAUAUUAAUCCAGCAGGACGUUGUGGCGUCGUAGUCGGCGGUGUGUUGUCAUAUAGAGUUGUGGUGGAUUGGAAUUGGGAUUGGGAUUGGGUGGAGGAAGAUGCAGCUGCACUUCUCACCUAGUAUGAGAAGUGUAACGAUAUCGAGCAGCAGCAAUGGAGGAUAUGGUGAUUUGAUGAAGAUCAAAGUCGCAGCUCGCCACUUUUCCUACCGAAAUGUUUUUCAUACCAUACUUAUCCUAGCUUUCUUUUUGCCCUUUGUCUUCAUUCUCACUGCUGUUGUUACCCUUGAAGGUGUCAAUAAGUGCUCUUCCAUUGAUUGUUUAGGUAGACGAUUAGGACCAUCGCUUUUAGGACGAACUGAUGAUACAGGGAAGCUGGUCAAGGAUUUUGUUAAGAUCCUCAAUCAAGUGAACACUGAGGAAGUGCCUGCUGGCCUGAAGCUCCCAGAGUCCUUUAGUCAACUUGUUGCUGAAAUGAAAAAUAACAAGUACAGCGCAAAAGAAUUUGCUUUGGUUCUAAAGGGAAUGAUGGAGAAAUCUGAAAGAGAGAUUAGGGAAUCAAAGUUCGCAGAGCUGACGAAUAAACACUUUGCUGCAAGUGCAAUUCCCAAAGGCAUUCAUUGUCUUUCGCUGCGGUUGACUGAUGAGUACUCCUCGAAUGCUCAUGCACGCAGACAGUUGCCUUCACCAGAGCUACUCCCUCUGCUAUCUGACAAUUCAUUGCAACACUUUGUAGUGGCCACUGACAACAUCCUGGCUGCCUCAGUUGUGGUAAAUUCUGCUGUGCAGUCAACUCUGAAGCCUGAAAAGAUUGUUUUCCAUGUCAUCACCGACAAGAAAACAUAUGCAGGCAUGCACUCAUGGUUUGCUCUGAAUCCUGUCACUCCUGCUCUUGUGGAGGUUAAAGGUGUUCAUCAGUUUGACUGGUUGACAAGAGAAAAUGUUCCCGUGCUUGAAGCUGUUGAGAGCCAUAAUGUUAUUCGUAAAUACUACCAUGGAAAUCAUGUUACAGGUGCCAAUCUCAGUGAUACAACUCCGCGAUCUUUUGCAUCCAAGUUGCAGGCUAGAAGUCCGAAGUAUAUCUCUUUGCUGAAUCAUCUUCGCAUAUAUUUGCCAGAGCUCUUCCCAAACCUUGACAAAGUGGUUUUCUUAGACGAUGAUAUUGUAAUUCAGAGAGAUUUAUCUCCGUUGUGGGACAUCGACCUUAGUGGUAAGGUCAAUGGAGCAGUUGAGACUUGUAAAGGUGAAGACGAGUGGGUGAUGUCUAAGCGAUUCAGAAAUUACUUCAACUUUUCUCAUCCCCUAAUAGCAAAGAAUUUGAAUCCGGAAAACUGUGCAUGGGCUUAUGGGAUGAAUAUCUUUGAUUUACGUGCAUGGAGGAAGACGAAUAUUACAAAUACUUAUCAUGCAUGGCUUAAAGAGAAUCUGAAGUCGAACUUGACAAUGUGGAAGCUUGGAACAUUACCUCCUGCUUUGAUUGCAUUCAAGGGUCAUGUUCACCCCAUUGACCCCUCGUGGCACAUGCUUGGCUUGGGAUAUCAAAGUAAGACCAAUAUCGACAAUGUGAAGAAGGCUGCCGUGAUUCAUUACAAUGGCCAGUCCAAACCUUGGCUCGAGAUAGGCUUUGAGCAUCUCCGUCCUUUUUGGACCAAGUUCGUUAACAGCUCCAAUGAUUUUAUCAGUAAUUGCCACAUACUGGAGUAGUCGACAGAUUUUCCUUCAAGGAAAAACCACAGGAGAAUUUUGAAAGCCCACAGGCUUUGCAAACUUUUGAUUGGUUCCAGGGAACUUUAAUUGCGAUUGAUGAGAAGGAGAUUCUGACAAUUGCCCGGAUAUAUUCAGGUUUCCAGAUUUGGUGCUUUGUCUCCUGCAAAAGAGAACCUGCAUUAUUCUAGCAUGGGCAUAAGAUUCAUUCUUUCAAUAUGUAAAAUAGAAGUUGGUCACAUAAUUCUAUUGAUUGGACAAAGGACAAUAUUUUUGGCCUCUUACUGGGGUUUAGCCUACUCUCUACUAUACUAUAGCUUAAGAGGCAAUGAUAGUGCGUCCCAGGAAAUGCUCAUCAUCAGUCAUACAAAUUGGUGAAUUGCGAGAAGAAAUGCUAGGCGCUGCGCCCUUUUAGCUGCAGAGAUGAUUCUUCCAACAUUUUUCCUUGUUAAUUUUGUUGUCAUUACUCCAUUCAAUCAUCUUGGUCAUCAUAUUAGACUGCUGUAGGCUCUAUGGAAACUUGCAUCACAUAGUUGGGUAAAUCCGUAGGUUAUUACAUUGCUACUUGUUUUGUAUGAUUCAAUGAUAUAUACAACUGAUAUGUGCAGAUUCUUUUUUACCAAAAAUUCUCCAGUUUUACUUUUUUGCUUUUUA